CUCCAGGUAAGGAAAUCAAAAUGACCUGACCUGGGGUAAUGAUGAGGGGACCACAGCAUCGGUUCUCGCGAUGGCGCCGCACAUGAGGCCUGAAAUGGAUUGGUACCAUAAAAUCACAGACCGCUUCUUUCGACUGUCUCUUAGGUUCCAACUGGGUACGGGGAUACACUAGGCAUUCCAUCCCUGAUGAAGUUGGGCGGCAAUCCACACGUAGUGGCUGAGGAUCUCCAACGCAGCAGCUCCCACUGCCAUAAUCGCAGGACUUGUUGGACUCGACGGCAGGGCCCAUGCCGUGGUGAUCGGUGCGAUUCGACCAGCCUUGUGGAGGAAGAACUUUGGUGCAACGUCACAGCGAUGACUGGAAUCGACCAUCAGUUCAUCAGCAACCCAGCUUCAGUUGUCUCGGGAAACAGAUCCUCAGCUUUGAUGGAGUCAGUUUGGCGGUAUGUCAUUCGGGCUAGGCGCCACGUAACCAAUGCAACAGCAGGGAAACCUGUCCUGGCUUGCCAAUGUCGACAGGCUUCGCGCAAAGCUCGGGGAAAACCUGGCGACGGACACAGUCAGCAACACGAGGGAAUUGAAUCAUCCCCUGCACACUUUUCAACUGAUAACGACUCUCCCUGGCCAUAUCACGUCACUGCAUCAGUCAUCUAUCUCGCAACUGUACGUACGGGAGUUGAUUUAGCACUGCCGAUAGUGAGGAAGCAAGGCGCCCAGAGCUUCUCCAUCCAACACACGAAGCUCUUGUUCGUUCCUGAAUGCAGCGCAGCGUCCACCAAUGAAGAGCCGCGGGGCAUUAAAAAGGUUAAAAGGCGAGCCGAGCAAGCAAGGGUCCUCGUGUGGGUCAUAGACGCGGGAUGCUGUGCGGCAAUCAAGCUCAGUGGACAGUCAGACAGAGCCACCCGUGCUAAGCCUUUCUCGGAGGGAUCUUUGCAGAGGAGGCGCAGGUGCUUCCUUGCCUGCAGUGCAGUGUGUCUAGCGGCCCUAACCACGGACUCACGGGCUGGUUGGUUGACCACACCCCAUGACUGUUCGGUGCACCCUUCUCUGGUCCUUCUAGCGCGGGGGCCGCCGAUAUUGUCUGUGCUGUGGCCGGAGUCAAUGUCAAGACUCUAGUCUAGUUAACGAAGCACCACUUGUUGAGAUGUUCUUGCGCGGUGAUGGCUUGGCCAUGGUCAUGGCUGUGAGCUUCGACGCUGUAGCUAGGAGCGGCUUGUGCUGCUCAGUACCUUGGU